AUGGGUGCGCUUUUGCUAGCUUCGAAGCUAGAGGAAGUCCCAUUGCGGCUCCGCGAAAUUCUGCUUGUCUUUGAUUACCUCGGCCAGCGUGCGCGCCAUUUUGCCAAAUAUACCCCCGGGCAGCGCACGGUCGAGGCGUACGGCAGGCCCUCGUCUAAGCAAGAAUGCCCGCCCUUUUCGUACAGACCUUCGGGAUACUACACGGACGCAUACUACGACGCCAAAGAUGCGCUCGUUGUCGCUGAAAUGCAGAUCCUCAAACGACUGGGGUUCGACGUCCAAGUGAAUCUUCCUCAUGCCCUAAUGAUCAACUACAUGCAGGUCCUUGGCGUCGCAAACAAGGAGAUUGCAAUGGAAGAAGGACCGCCCAUGACGGCCGCCCAGCUCGCGUGGAACUAUCUGAGCGACGCCCCCUGA